UAACGCAGCGGUAGGGAGGUGGAGGUGAUCUCUGCGCAGAGCUGUGGAAGUUUGGCUGAGGAGCUGCGCAUCAUGGGCACUGGAGAUUACGUCUGCGUAACGCUGAGCGGAGCUGCACCCUGGGGAUUCUCCCUGGCAGAGGGAGAAGUUGACAACCAAAGGUCUUUUCUGGUCUCCCAGGUGGAGCAGGGUGGCCGGGCCUUCCUGGCUGGAAUACAAGACGGGGAUGUGGUGGUGUCCAUCAACGGGAAACCAUGUGCUGAUCUAACACUUUUACGAGCAUCUGCUCUUAUCGACACUUCAACUGACAGCUUGCAGUUAUGUCUCAAAAGAAACGUCUUCAUCCCAGCAGAAAGGCUUGAAUCUGAAGGGAGGAGCCUGUCAAGCGAGGUUCUAGAAAGCACCACCCUUAACAUCUUCUCUCCAGAUCACAGGUUCCAGUUACCAAAGGAGCUCUAUAUUUCUGAGUCCCGACACGAGGCUGACUUUGGACAUUCGGAAAAUGACACAGAUUCCCCUAAAACCUCCCAGCUUUGUUCAGUCCAGCAAGACACAUCCUCAUGUGAGAAUCAAGGAAGCAAUCACGAAGAGGGAGCAGAGUGGUCUGUCUCACCUGGAGACAUACUGGAGCUGCAGGUGUCUCUGUCUAAGCAAACCUUGAGCGACGCAGGCAGCACAGCCCUGGGAAGUGCUCAUGGGAUCGAGGGGGAAUUUUCAAAAAGAGAAGUCAUCAAAGCGCUACACAAGACGACGGCAACAUCUCUCUGCACGCCAUGCCCCGUCAGGGAGCCGCUUGGCCAGCACGGUGUGGUGGUCACUCCAACCUCGAUGCUGGGACAGGUGGAGGUCAUUCUGCAGCAGCCGGCAGCAUCAGGAGCAGGGAGGGGCAUCCUGAGCGUGGGUGGCCCGAAGGUCAGCGAAAGCCUUGGAUCCCAAAGUGAAAGACAGGAAGGAGGAGGGAUCAGUGAGGGGGUCCCGGGGUCCUUCACUAUCUCAUUUAAAACUCCAUCAGAGGAGGCGUCAGGAGAAGAGCAGGGCUCCGAUUCUGAGGGGGAUCAAGAAAAGCCCAGCAAACAUCACGCAAGACAUGCUCGACUCAGGCGCAAGGACAGCAUUUCUGAGAAACAGUUGAAGGAGGCAAAGUCCAAAUGUAAACGUAUAGCUCUCCUUCUCACUGCUGCUCCAUCAAAUCCUAAUAACAAAGGGGUGUUGAUGUUUAAAAAGCACCGCCAGAGGGCCAAGAAAUACACUCUCGUGAGCUACGGCACAGGGGAAGACGAACAGGAGUACAGCGACGAAGAGGACGAGGAAAACGGAGACAUCAAGCAAGAAAUCCCUGCUGCUGAAAUCACUUUUUUAGCUACUAUUAAUUCUGCAACAGACAAAACUUUUAUCAGAGAUGCUACAAGUAGCAAGUGCGUGCUGAAUUUUAAUUUGGACAAAGCUCUCAUGGACAUUGAACAAAACUUGCAAAACCAAGCAGAGAUGGAAUGUUUGCCUGAAACCAAAGGCAAGGGUGCCCUAAUGUUUGCUCAGCGCCGUCUGAGGAUGGAUGAGAUUUCUGCUGAACACGAGGAGCUCAGGCGCCAAGGAAUGCCUGUGGAAGCAGUGCAGGAGACGAACAAGAGGGCUGCGGAGCUCUCAUUUAUGCAGUCUGCAACAGAGGGCCGCACUUACAUGGAUGUAAAUAUUCACCAGCAAAGCCAACAGCAAUAUCAGCAGUAUCAAGAGCAACAGUACUAUGAGCAACAACAGAACUACCAACAGCAGCAUCAAUACCAACAAUUUCAGCAGCAGCAGUACGAGCAAAGUCAAUAUCAACAACAGCAAAUCUAUCAGCAGCAACAGCAGCAGCAGCAGCAGCAACAAUAUCUUCAAGAGCAGAAGCAAAUGCAGCAGUAUCCUGCAAUCAUCAACGGCACAAAUCAACAACAAGCCAAUGAAAUUCAAAGUUCCUUUAACAAUCUUUCUGCCAAGCCUUUUGCAGCAGAAAACAUGGUGGCGACACCCUAUUCUCACGGGGCAAGUGGGACCAUUCAGGAUUUUGCGGCUCAAGGAGAGCAAAUAGCCUCCCGUGAUGAGCGUAUAUCUACCCCUGCUAUCAAGACCAGCUUUCUGCAGGAUGCAAGACGAAGAAAUACGGGUAAACCUAUGUUCACAUUUAAAGAAGCUCCAAAAAUGUCCCCUAACCCUGAGCUGCUGAACCUCCUCAACAGGAGUGAUAAAAAGUUGGGCUUUGAGUCAGGACCGGAGGAAGACUAUCUCAGCCUUGGGGCUGAGGCUUGCAAUUUCCUCCAGUCUCAAAGAGUUAAACCAAAGAUUCCUCCACCAGUUGCUCCAAAGCCUGUGAUCAACCCCAACUCUCCGGCUUGGUCUCCACAGAUAGAAGCAGCCAACCAGAACAUGCCUCAGUGUGCUGAAAAUAGUAUAUCCACACCUGCUGUUGCCCCCACUGAAAACACUGCCCCUACUCCAGAACUAGAGCCAACCAUUGCACCUGCCGUAGAACACCCCCCCCCUCUCGCUCCACAUGAAACUCCUGCCAAUGCUGUAACAGAAAAGCAGCAUGCAUGGCCUCCCACAGAGACAGAAUCCCAGCAGCAGCCUUUGCAAGUGACACUUCCAGAGGAAAAUAUGGAGAUGAAGCCUUCUUUGCAGGCCGAGUCCUCCCAGAAGACAACUUGGAUUGCAAAACAAGCGCAAACCCAGCAACAGUCACCUGCUGGUUGGCACCCACCUCAAGUGAAGGAACCACCCUCAGGUCAGACUCCCACGCAACCUUCAUGGGUAACACAUCAGCCUGCUCAGAGCCAAGCACAGCCUCAGACUCCCACAAGUACUUGGACCCCCCAAAGCCAGCCAAACUGGAGCCAUCCUCAAGGACAAAUUCAAAGCCAGCCUCAGCCACCCUGGAUUAAGCCACAAGAAGAACCACAGUCUCAACAACAGCACCAGGUUCAGUCAUCUUGGGCACAGACCAAUGAACAGCAACAGUCCCAACAAAUUCAGCCAGCAUGGUUACAAACCCAAGAACAUCCACAGCAACAAGCCCAGAACCAGUGGACACACCUUUCACAAAUGGACUCCCAACAACAAGCCCCAUGGGUGCAGCAACCUCAGCAAAAAGUGCAACCACCGUGGGUUCAACAAGUUCAGCAAGAACCCCAGCCACAGCCACCAUGGGUUCAACAACCACAGCAUCAGGCUUUGCAACAAUCGUGGGCACAACCCCAAGCAUCACAUCAGCCUCAGCAAACAUGGGUCUCAGGACAGCCUCAACAUCAGCUCUCUGUUGAUGCUUGGGGCCAAUCACAGAUCCAGGUUCAAGUUCAGCCACCAUGGAUCCAAGCAGCCCAGCCACCAUCUCAACCUCAACCACAUCCCCAGCCACAGCCACAACCUAAAGCUAAUCUGAAUCCGUGGGCACCUGUACCUGCUCAGGCCCAAUCACAGUCUCAAUGGGCUCAGCACCCUCUUGAAAAUAAUCAACACCACAUGAAUUCAUGGAACCAAGAACAAAAUCAGCCUCAACAUCAGCCACCUUGGGUCCAAACACCCCCAACCCAGUCAACACCAUAUCCAGGCUGGCAGCAGCAAAUUUCCAGUACUCCACCCCAGCCACAAGGGGAUACAUGGGCACCUGCUCAAACACAGCUUCAGACACAUGUGGACUCCUGGACUUCACAGUCACAGCAAACAUCGACGAAUGUUUCCGUGUCUAAAAUCAACAACCGCCCCUCUCCUAAACCUUGGCAGCCACUACAAAAUACAUCACAAAACCUGGCCACGCCUCCUCCACCCAGACGAAUGCAAUCAUUUACUAUUGGGCAAAGACCAUUACCUAUCAACCCCAUGGCCACAGUCCUAAAUCCUAAAUCUUCUCCAGGUUCAGCUUUUGAGAUGCCAGUGGUUAAAGGGAAAGGAGCUGAUAUGUUCGCCAAGAGGCAGUCUCGUAUGGAGAAGUUUGUUGUGGACUCUGAAACUGUGGAAGCAAACAAGGCAAGCCGAUCAACAUCACCAGCUGCUUCUUUACCGAAUGAAUGGAAAUAUACUUCCAAUGUACGUGCUCCCCCUCCACGAGCAUAUAAUCCUAUUCAAUCUCCAUUGUAUCCUCCUGCUGCAUCCAAACAACCCGCUGCAGCCAGUCCUUCAACCAAAGCAAAGAAAAAAGACCAAGAGAAACAGACACCUGCCCCUAAGCCUCUAAAUGUUAUUGAUGUCAUGAAGCAUCAACCAUAUCAGUUGGAUUCUUCACUUUUUAUCUUUGGCCCAGGAGCAGAGGCUGUCAAGCCCCCCAUUUCAAAACCCAGCCCUCCCAAUCCACCUAAUGAAAACCAACCAAUUACGUAUGGGCAAACUGCCCCAGUCCAGCAAACUGGACCAUACAGCUCCCCGUAUCCCCAACAAGCCUUUGGGAUGCCCAUGCAGCCUCCAAUGCAUGAUAGCCUUUAUCAGCAAGCUCAAGCUAAUGUUUAUCCUUAUCAGCAGCCUUCAGGUGGUCAAUACCCACAACAAUAUAACCAACAAUACCAGCAACCUGCUCAACCUUCUUAUCAUCCCCAGUCCCCUCAGCCUUCAAACUCUCCCUAUUCACAGCCUCUACAGGCUGCUUACCAGCCAGCAAACAGCCCUCCUUAUAUGGCACCUCCGCCUGUACCCUAUGAGCAACAAUCCACCAGUUGCUACAUUGCCCCGAGUUUCCCUGUGGUUGGUAGAGCGGAUUCUGUAUCAGGGGGUAGCAAUGCAGCUGCUCCCAGGCCAAAGUUUACAGCUAACAAAAGCUCAGCUCAGGUGUGGAAACCUGCAGCGGCUGAAAAAGAAUGAUUCUCAUAGGAUCUUGGCAGUCUUAUAGACUAUUUGGAUCAAAAAAUGUGUGAUCUUACAGAAAACUGCAAAGUAAAGGAUUUGGAACUUGCAAAGAAAACUUGCUCCUGCAAAACCUCUGUUCAUCUCAUAGCUCAUAUUAUUUAAUAGAGCUUGUUGUUAAUAGAGAUGUUUUACAGUUUUUAAAUCACAAGUAAGUAAUGACUGAUACAUAAGAAUAACAAAAUGGAAAAUUCUAAGGUGUAUAGUAGUCCUAAUUCUACCUAUAUUAUUUUAUUGUUAAGGGCCUAAAAAUCUAUUUUUUGUGAAACCUUUUAAAAAUUAUUUCUUUUGAAUUGGUCUAAAAUAAUGAUGGUGUGAGAAUGUAGGGGAGUUUUUUACUGGGCAUGACGCAAACAUAAUUGCGAGUGAUAAUGAAAUCAGAAGAAAAUGUGAAAGCUGGAAGGUUAUUUAUAAAAACUAAAGAUAAAAAGUCCUCCUUAUUUUAUCCAAAGAUAGUACUUUCCCUAGAGAGAUAACAGUCAAUGUUUAGCAUUUUGCAGAAGCGAAGCUAAAACAAAAAACAAGUUUAACUUAGAUAAGGAGGAGGUUAUAAAAGAAGGGUGUGGUUUGAAAGUUUUAAUGAUACGAUCAAACUUCAGGAAGGUCAAAUAUAUUUAACAGAGAUAGAGAUUCUGGGUUGUGAUGACGCACAAAGGUUUCCUUUCUUUUUCCUCACUGCUCUCUUCUCAUCUUUUAAUACUUAAGUGGGCACUUCUCAUUUUAAGCUUUAAGCAGGUGUUGCAUCAUGUUAAAUACUAUAUUUAAACUGCCUCAGGAGAGGUCUAAUUUAGAGGUCCACAGAGAGGCUCGGAUUUCAACUCGAGCCAAAAACCACAACCUCUAAGAUCUUCACUUUAUCCUUUCGUAACAGUAACUUUUCCAUUUGGAGUUAAUGCAUCUUUCUCCAUUGUUUUAUAUAUAUAUAUAUUUGAGCAGAUCCGGUAUUGUGUCUUAAUAGUUACAAAUGACUCUUUUCGCAGAUCUUUUGUUCCUCAUAUUCUAUUUUUUUUUCCUUUUUGUGUGUUCUUCUUCAUUGUGCACUUUCUGUGUGACUCAGUGCCAUUAAACUGUCUGUUUUCCUUG